UUCUGAUGUCGGAUGUUCGUUUAACCAACUGAAACAAUUUCUUUACGAUGUCAGGAUUCACACAUGGUAGCUUUCCACGGACUGGUCUUUUUCCUUCAGCUGAAAGUAUUAACCAGAAUGUCAAAAAAGACACUGGUGUAAAAAACAAUGAGGAUUGGUUGAAGAACAAGAGUUUUACCCAUGAUACAGCACAGAAAUUGGAAGAGUUUCAAAAAGAACUAAAAUGGCUGCAACAAGAAGAGAGUGAUAUUCCCGAAACAUCAGCUAUUAUUAAACCAGUUGUUCAAGUCCAAGAAGUACCGAAGGCCACAGCAGAGGACUCCAAAAGUUAUACACAUGUAUCGGAAAUUCAAGAACCAGAUAUUCCAGGGCAAGACUACAAACGAGAUAAACUUGGAAAGAAAAAGAAACGCAGACACAAAUACUCUUCAGGAGAUUCAGACUCGGAGAAAGAGAGAUAUGACAGAAAGAGGUAUAAUUCUGGUGACUCAGACUCUGGUUCAAAAGACGGCAGAACAUACCACAAAGAGAGGAAAAAGAAGAGGAAGACGAAAGAUUAUUAUUCAAGUGAAAAUGAAGAUAAAAAGUCGAAGAAAUCUAGCAAACAUAAGAAGAAACAUAAGCACAAGCUGUCUGAGAGGUAUUCAAGGUCACCCCCAAAGGAGAAAACAAUACCUGGCUUGUUACAAACAAAGCACAUCUUCCUAAACGAUGUUUAUGACAUUGCCCCAGACCACCCGUUUAAGCUGGACCGGGCUCCAGACAAGAACAGCCUCACAUAUGGUUCCCUGUACACCGGACAUGUUGCUGAGUACCGGACUACAUGUAACCAGUGUGUCGGUUCCCUUGGCAAAGUGCCAAUGUUUGUUUAUGAAAAAGUGAAGAAAAAAGACAAGAGUGCCGGGAACCGGUAUUAUGAUCGAGAGAACAGAAAGUUAGGGAAUCAAUAUCCAAAGGAAAGAAUAGUCAUGAACUUGGGUGAUUCUAAUAAUGUUGAAACAAUGCCAGAGUUUGUUGCUUUUGGGAAAGACACUACAAUUGGUGCUAUCGGUGUGAAAGUUGGCGACAGUCAAAAUGUAAGAGAUACAAUUCUUGACCCAGCUACAAGUCUUUAUGUACAGGGAAUGGGAGGCAAAUCAGAGAUUGAUAAUAAAGAAGACAUUAUUGUUGAACUAGAUGAGACUAGGGUAAAAGUUGUUGAAUAUAACAGAAAACUCAGGGAAAAUCCGGGCAGUAUCAAACUAUGGCUAGAUUUUGCUAAAUUUCAGGACAGUAUUUCAGCUGAAGCAAAUCUAAAAAAGGAAAGUGUGAAUGAAAAGAAGAUGACUGAGAAAGCUGUGUUGGAAAAAAAGAUAAGCAUCAUAGAGAAAGCACUUGGACAUAAUCCUGGCCACAUUGACCUGCUUCUUGCCAAGAUUGAGCUAAGUGCAGAGAUAGUUGAUUCAAGCAAGAUAAACAAAGAUCUUGAACAACUUCUGUUUGUCCAUCCAGCCAAUACAAAGCUCUGGAAAUACCACCUCAUGUUUAACCAGUCCAGACUGACUGUGUUCACUGUUGCGAAACAGUGCAAACUCUACCACAAGUGUUUCAAAAUGUUGCUCAAAAUCCAUACUGGGGUUUUGCAGACUCACUCAGUUCCUGAAAAUCUGGAACAUGAAAUAAUUGAGAUAUUCCUGCAAUACUGUCAGUUCCUGAUUCAAGUUGGCUUCAAAGAGCGGGCUCUUGCCACAUUUCAAGCCAUUCUGGAGUACAAUCUUUUCUGCCCUCCACUUUUGAAGAGUGCAUCUAAAGAAAGCAAGAUGGCUGCCUUUGAAGAGUUCUGGGAUAAUGAGUCAGCAAAAAUUGGAACCCAGGGGGCUUGUGGGUGGAAUCAGACUGGAAGUGAGGCUGGAAGUGAUGUGCUGAGUAAUGACCAAGAUGCUCUUGAAGAGCAAGAGGAGGCCAUUAUAGAGAGGAAGGAAAGCAAACAUUUCACCUGGCUGAAGAUCGAGUUGCUAAGAGACCAUCACCAUUGGUUGCCAUGGAAACCUGACCUCUUCAAAGGUCAGACUGAGGAGGAUUGUGAAGACCCUGAGAGGAUGGUCGUGUACGAUGAUGUAAAGCCAGUGGUGUUUGAUAUCUCAGAGAUGCUACAUUAUGACCUUGUUGUUGCCUUGCUUGAAAUGCUAGGACAUGAACCCAAGGGGUGUCCGAAAUCAAAGUUUUCAGAUGCAUUUGUAAGUCUGUCAGAUAAACUUAAUGCUCACGAUGAUCAUUCUUAUUUUAGUGGAGCUGUCUUUGAACUAAAAAGUACAUGUGAUCUCUCUCAAAAUCCAGUGCUAAAACCAUUUGUGAUAAAUUUUUUGAAGCAGGUAAUACCUUGUUUCAAUGGAAGUGAGAACACAAGCUUGACAUUGAUGUUGCUAGAAGUGCAGUUAUCAUGUUACACGAUGAAUAAUCUUUCAAAGAGUGAUAAAAAGGAAAUUCGGAAAAUUGUUAAGAAUUUGUUAAAAGAUAAAAAAAUUAGGAAUAACUUAGCUGUGUGGUGCAGGUACAUUGAAAUAGAACGCAUCAUAGGAAAACCUGGGGAAGCUAAAGCGAUUGCAGAAACUGCAUUGGCAAUGUACAGCGGAAAAAAUAUUGAGGAAACAACACCUGAAUCUAAUGGGUUGAUUGAUCUGUAUUCCCUUUAUUGCGAUAUCUUGAUGGAUAUCAAUCAUGGAAGAUCGUGUGAGUUGUUGUGCAAAAAGACAGGUGCUAGUUUAGAUGUGAAGAAAUCAGUGUUAGCAACUCUUGCUUGCUUGAUGGAUGAAAAGAAAUUUGAUCCUAAAGCUACUGGGGAAAUUCCUAGUUCUUCUGUCCUGAAAACUGUCUCCAAGUUUUCCAAAGCAUUAGAAAGAGCAAAUGCUAACUUUUUUCGAAGCCCAACUCAAGAUAACAAGAAUAGACUUUUAUCCACAGUUUGGUGCUACGCAAAGUUUACCUAUUGCAAAAGUGGAUUAGAAUUAUCAGUAGACAUGAUCUCAGAUGUGAUACAAAAUCUUUACUUAUUAACUGACCCUAGCGUAACUAGAGGCCUCCAUGAAUACAAACUAAAACUGAUAGUUCACCACAUGGCUGUGUCGUCAGGCCUGGUAUCAUUUCUCCGAGACCAUCUAGAUCAGGCGCUGCAGGCCUUUCCCAAUGAUCGGAUAUUUUUGUCGUUAUUUGUGGACAUUGAAAGGAAAUCGAAGAUCAGCGGUCGCUUGAAUCGGUUCUUUGACAGGGCGUGUAGGAUGGCAGAAUCUCAUAUUCCAGUUGCUGUUGGAGUGGGCUUUCUCUGCAGUGUUCUUCAGGAUAGAAAAUCUAUAGACUACAGUUCAACACUGAGCGGACUGGUUCAUCGUGCAAGAUCAUGGCUGGAACACAGUCUGUCUACAACCUGUCUGGAACACUCCAUCCUGCUAUGGCGGCUGUAUCUCACACUUGAGAGCGAGGUAGAGGGAGGGGGCAGACUGAAGGGCGUGUUCUACAGGGCCGUACAACACUGCCCCUGGGCUAAGAGUGUGUACCUUGACGGAGUGAGACUUCUGGGUGAGGUGCAGCUGCAGGAGAUUGUGGACCUCAUGACAGAGAAAGAAAUACGCGUCCAUCUGCCUACUGAGGAACUAGAUAUCCUCAUUAGUCCAUAACCGCAAGUCAUUGGCUAUGGGCUAUGUCGGGGCAGUGAACAGUUUCAUAGGACCAUGGACCUCAUGACAGAGAAAGAAAUACGCGUCCACCUGCCUACUGAGGAACUAGAUAUCCUCAUUAGUCCAUAACCGCAAGUCAUUGGCUAUGGGCUAUUUGUGGGGGCAGGGGACAGCUUCAUGGGAUCACGGACCUCAUGAUGAAGAAGGAAAUACAUUUUUGAGAAACUAGAUAUCUCGUCAGUCAGUGAACACUUUUGGCUAAUUGAUAGACACAUAGAAGUUCUGAUUUUGACUGUGUUCCAUCAAUUUCCGCACAUUCAUAUCCACAUUGAGGUCCUGGAUAGUCUACUCACAAGGCCCCAAUUUCUCGAAACUACUUUAGUCCCUUAUAACAGAAUUAAACUAUUCUCACAACUUUGUUGUUCGUUAAAAUGUGUUAUAUUUACUUCAAGAAUUUUUAGAAAUUAUGUAGGAAUAAUCUGUAUGAUUAUCAGAGCAAACCAUUUUUUAUUUAUUAAAAUCCAUUUUCAGUAUAUAUUUUGGCUAAUUGAUAUAAGCGACUUAAGCCUGUUAAGCUUAAGAAGUUUCGAGAAAUUGGGGCCUGAUUAACACAAUUACUUGUGUUGUAGAAACUUUCAAAAUUUGGACAUGUAUAUGCUUUGUCUUAGUCUGUCAAAACAAAAAACAACAACAUUAAAUGACAUUGAUAGUGGCUGCUUAUAUGGACUAGCUCAUCACAUUAGGGGCAAUUCGCCAGAUCAUGUUGGGAACAUUUCAUCAAUUAUCAAACCAAAAAGAAUUUUAUUGUCCAUCUGUCUGAAAAGAAACUAUGUAUUCUCAUAAGUAUGUCAACACACCGACUGUGAGUGUCAUUUGCUUGAAAAUCAGUCAAAUUUGUUACGGGAAGAUUUUUGUUUGAAAGUGACUGAACCUCAUGGUAUCUUUUAUUUGUUGUGCCAAAUUGGUGCGCAUAAAAUAUGAUGCUUUGGUAACGGUUACAUGAGAGCUGCGAAUCUAAAGACCAAAACCGGUCUUAUUUUAGUCAAACAAGGAAAUAUCUCAACAAUAUCAAAGUCAAAUUACAGCUAAGGUUAGAGGGUUUUGCACUAGGACAAUGACACCAUGGCUAUGACAAUACCUAGACUUUUUCUGUAAUUAAUAUAGUUUCUUUUUAGCUUGACUGUUUAACUAUGAAAAAAAUAGGACUAUUGUGAUACCAUUGGUGUCUUCAGUGUCAUUCAAUAUUUGUUUUAAUGCAAUUACUUCAAAUACCUGGAACUUGGAACCGUUCAAUAAAACUUGGUACACAUGUAGCCAGAAACAAAACGCACAUUUAGAUCAAGAUCCAUAACAAAAAGAAAAUAUCAGAAAUAUGAAACUUCAUCGCUAAAUGAAGCACAGUUUAAAAUAUUCAAAUGAAACUUUAAACAUGUGUUGUCAGAGACAUACUCGCAUGCAAAUCAGGACCCAUAACUAUGGCUUGAGUAAUUGUUGAGUUAUGCCCCUUUUGACAAAAAAAUAACAGGCAAGCAUCAGCGUUCUUAGCACUCUUGUUUGAUUAUUUGAUAACAUGUAUAAAUGAACUAUAUGCGUAUAAAAGUUUGUCAAAAACUAGUAAUUUUCAUAAUUAUGUGUUUUUAUAAGUCUAUAUAUCAUUAUAGAAUAAGUAAAAUUGUACUUAAUCAAAAUUUCCUUUUGCUGGCAAUUUUUUCUCAUUGAAAAGGCCUAGGCGCUAUUCUAUGUAUGCAAAAUACAGCCGUUGUUAUCAAUUGUAAAUGUUGAAAAACCUGUAUGUAUUUCUCUAUUUAAGUAAAAUGGAAAAUAUUACUAUGUGGAA